CAGUCUUCAAGUUGCGCUCAGUGAAGCAACUCCUAUCCAGACAGCUUCAGCGGCCAGUCUACUCAGGGGAAAAACAGGCAGUUUCCAUUCUCGGUGAAUUCGCUUGCUUGUGUAGUCUUUAACAUGAGAAGCGUUCAGCAGCGUUUAGAAGUCCGGUUUUGCAACGAUGUGAUUUAAUAUUAAAUGCCACACGUGCUGGAGUGAUUAGUGGACAGCCUGAGACAUGCCUACCGAUCUAGCAGCCUUCAACCGCUCCGCUGGGGAAGUUCAGAUGGGUAACACCUGUGCGGCUGGUCAGGCAGAGGAGCAGUUUCAGCACUAUGGACAGUUCUCUUCCAGCGCGUCUAUUAUACUUGCCGUGCUCAUGGCACUCAUGGUACUCGCUACUGUUUUGGGAAAUGCUUUGGUCAUCCUAGCAUUCGUGGUGGACAAAGGUCUCCGUACUCAAGGGAAUUUUUUCUUCCUGAACCUAGCCAUUGCUGAUUUAUUAGUGGGUGGAUUCUGCAUCCCACUUUACAUCCCUUAUGUGCUGACUGGCCAGUGGAAGUUUGGGAAAGGCCUGUGCAAGCUGUGGCUAGUAAUGGACUACCUUUUAUGCACUGCUUCAGUUUUUAACAUUGUCCUCAUCAGCUACGACAGGUUCAUCUCCGUCACUAAAGCGGUGUCCUACAGAGCACAACAAGGAAUGACAAGGAAAGCAGUGUUAAAAAUGCUAAUUGUUUGGGUGGCAGCCUUUCUUCUCUACGGCCCAGCCAUCAUCACCUGGGAAUACAUUGCAAGAACUACUAUCUUACCGGAAGGGGAAUGUUAUGUAGAAUUCUACUACAACUGGUAUUUUCUGAUGAUAGCUUCUACGGUAGAAUUCUUUACACCAUUCAUCAGUGUUACCUAUUUUAAUCUAAGCAUCUAUAUUAAUAUUAAAAGGAGAACUAUGAUGAGAAAUGAAGAGGUGGCCCAAGGCCAGGAACACGGUGAGUUGACUUUUCAAGGGAAGAGAAAAGAGCACUUAAUUUUUUUUGUAAAGCCUGCAGACAGACCCUAUGGUGAAACUAAAAAGCAAAGCAGUACAAUGCUUUCUGCUGCAGGAAAUGGUGGACAGAAACUUGAAAGCCCCAUGUUGGAUCUGAAUAUAAAUCAAGACCUUCCACCACUUCAGGUUGAAGUUUCAGCCAAGAAGUCCCAGGAAUGCUUUGACAAGUCAGCAGAAAAUGCUUGCACCAAUAUGAGACCUGACAUGGCUAGCAGCAUUGUGAAUCGUUUUAGGCUAUCCCGAGAUAAGAGGGUAGCAAAAUCCUUAGCCAUCAUUGUUUGUGUGUUUGGAUUAUGCUGGGCACCAUAUACUCUGUUGAUGAUCAUCAGGGCAGCCUGCCAUGGUCAUUGUGUCCAGGACUAUCUCUAUGAGAUUUCAUUCUGGCUGUUAUGGCUGAAUUCUGCCAUUAAUCCUGUCCUUUAUCCUCUCUGCCACAUGAGCUUCAGAAAAGCUUUCAUGAAACUUCUUUGCCCUGGAAAGGUGAAAAUACAUCCACAUAUUUUUAUAUAAAACAGAGUGAAAAGAAAAUGGAACCAUACAUCUGAGACAGAAAAAGUGCUCUGAACUCUGAAAGAAUGGGAAACUCAGUAACAUUGACUUUGAUAAGGUGUUCCUAAUCAGUUCUGUAGGAGAAGAGCAGUGGAGGUCAGUGGAGGUCUAUAGGUUAACUAAAUAACUGUGGAAUGCAAAACAUGAAAUAAAACUGGCAAUGCAGCUCCUUGUGACAUUUUCAAAAGCUUGAAAAUAUUUAUUGAUUACAUUUAUAGGAUC